CACCUUGCCGGCUGAACAAGUAGGGAGGAACGCCUAGCUGCAAGCGACUUUAAUUAAAUAGACAGCAGUCUCAGGCUUGCGGGUUGGUGAUAGUUUAGGAUUUAAAUAAAUCUUACGGUCUGUCGUGUGUGUAGGCUGAUGUUCCCCAACGUCCGCCGUGUUCAAACAAUCCGGGUUAAUUUUCCCCACGGCCAAAUCUUUUUUAUUGUUUUUAUAUUGUUUGAACAAAGGUCAGUUAGUUGUGGUGAACUCCCUUCUCAUCGUACAGGACUUCGACUUGUUGUCUAUAGGCUUGUAUUCAUCAAUUCCUUCUUUUAAAACGUCGUUUAUACCUUCGCCAUGACGGAACGGACUCCACUGCUACAUUAUCGCCUGUCCAUUAGCGUCCACGACUCGGUAAUCCUGCCUGCCCCCGAGAAAUCACCGGCAGUCGCUCGCCGGAAAAUGGCCAACGACCAGCCUCAGAAACUCUCCACCUUUUUCGGUGUGGUGAUUCCCACUUUGCUCUCCAUGUUCAGUGUCGUUGUCUUUCUCAGAAUUGGCUUCCUGGUGGGACAGGCUGGUCUGUACCAGGCCGUUGGCAUGUUCCUUAUCGCCUAUUUCAUCAUCACCAUGACCGUCCUCUCCAUCUGCGCCAUCUCCACCAACGGGGCGCUGGAUGCCGGAGGAGCCUACUACAUGAUCAGCCGGGCCCUGGGACCCGAGUUCGGGGGCAGCAUCGGGAUCAUGUUCUUCUUCGCCAACGUGUGUGGCUGCUCCCUCUACGUGCUGGGCCUGGUGGAGGCCGUCAUUGCGUCCUUCGGUGUUCCUGAAGACGGGGCGGUGGCCGUGACGGGGGCCCCCCGUGUCCUGCCGGUGGGGUUCUGGUGGUCCCUCCUGUACGGGACCGCCAUCCUGCUCCUCUGCCUGCUGGUGUGCCUGGUGGGCGCCCACAUCUACGCCCGGGCCACCUUCCUCAUCUUCGUCGUCGUCAUGGUGGUGCUGGCCAUCAUCUUCGUCAGCUUCUUCGCCGUGGCGCCCAGGGUGGUGCUCCUCCCCCUGGCCUCGCCCAACUCCUCUGGGCCGAUCAGCGGCAACUUCACCGGGUUCAAGCUGGGCACGCUGCUAGGCAACCUGGAUGCUGGUUACACGGUGGACUACACCACGGGCAACGUGAUGACCUUCGCCACCGUCUUUGCGGUCAUGUUUAACGGCUGCACCGGGAUCAUGGCUGGGUCCAACAUGUCGGGUGACCUGAAGAACCCCAGUUACUCCAUUCCCCGUGGGACCAUCACUGCCGUCAUCUUCACCUUCAUCAUUUACAACCUGCUGAGUGUGUUGGUGGCAUGCUCCUGUGACCGUGUGCUGUUGCGGGGGGACUACAGCUUCCUGCGGGACAUCAACAUCUGGCGGCCCUUCGUCCUCAUCGGUGUGUACUCCUCCACCCUGUCCGCUGCCAUGAGCAACCUGAUUGGGGCGUCCCGAAUCCUGUACGCCCUGGCCCGGGACAACAUGUUGGGCAGAGUCCUGUCCUUGGCCAAGAGGACGUCUCGGAGUGGCAACCCCUGGGUCUCUGUGCUCAUUUCCUGGUUUCUGGCGCAGCUGGUUCUGUUUGCCGGGCAGUUGAACACCAUUGCCAGCAUCGUCACAAUCUCUUUCCUGCUGGUCUAUGCUGCUGUCGACCUGGCCUGUCUGGCACUCGAGUGGGCCUCUGCUCCCAACUUCAGGCCAACGUUCCGGUACUUCACCUGGCACACCUGUGUGCUGGGGAUUGUGGGGUGCGUGGUCAUGAUGUUCCUGAUCAACGCCAUCUACGCCUCGGCGAGCAUAGCCUUCAUGCUACUGCUCCUGCUCAUGAUCCACUACCUGUCCCCCACCAGCAGCUGGGGCUACAUCAGCCAGGCCCUCAUCUUCCACCAGGUGCGCAAGUACCUGCUGAUGCUGGACGUGCGGAAGGACCACGUGAAGUUCUGGCGGCCGCAGGUCCUGCUGAUGGUGGCCAACCCCCGCAGCAGCAUCGGCCUCAUCACCUUCAUCAACGACGUCAAGAAGAGCGGCCUCUACGUGCUGGGGCACGUGGAGCUGGGAGACCUGGAUGCGUUGCCUUCAGACCCUCUGCAGUCCCGCCAUGAUUCCUGGCUCUCGCUGGUCGACCAACUCAACAUCAAGGCCUUCGUCAACCUGACGCUGUCCGACUCUGUCCGACACGGCGUCCAGCACCUGCUGUUCAUCUCCGGCCUGGGUGGGAUGAAGCCCAACACCCUUGUCCUGGGUUUCUAUGACGACUGCUCCCCGCAGGACAACCUGCAGGACAACCCCCUGCUGGCGGGAGGCUCCACGGACACCCUGCACCAGCCGAAGGACCCCGAGGAGCGGCUGUCCUCCUUCCACUUCCCGGCGCUGCGGGGCCGGGAGGGCGGGCGGGCGCUGGGGCCCCGGGAGUACGUGUCGGUGAUCGCCGACGCCAUGAAGAUGCUGAAGAACGUGGCGCUGGCGCGCUACUUCGGCCGGUUCGACCGCGGCGAGGCGCUGGGCCGGCGGGGCGGGGCGGGCCUCUUCGUGGACGUGUGGCCGGUGAACCUCCUGCGGCCCGACAGCUGCAGCUACGUGGACACCUGCAGCCUGUUCCUGCUGCAGCUGGCCUGCGUGCUCAACAUGGUGCGGGCGUGGCGCGGGGCCCGGCUCCGCCUCUUCCUGUGCGUGGAGGAGGGCCGCAGCCUGCCGGGCUCCGAGGGCAAGCUCCAGCAGCUGCUGCGGGACCUCCGGAUCCAGGCGGAGAUCCACACGGUGGCCUGGGACCAGGUGGUGGCGCUGCACUGGCAGAGGCGGGGCGAGGGCGAGGGCGGCCGGGCCGUCGAGGACGACGACGCCGCCGCCGCCGCCGACGGGGAGGAGGAGUCCGAGGUUCUGGGCAACCACGCCGGCGGUUUCCCCAGCAACGCCACCCAGCUGACGGACGAGUACCUCCAGGCGGUGAACCAGCUGGUUUUGGGUCAGGCCCACCCUCCCCCUGCCGUGCGCUUCCUCUACCUGCCCCGCCCGCCGGCUGACACCCGGCGGUACCCCGCCUAUCUGCGCCAGCUGGACCUGCUGACCCAGGACAUGGGCCCCACCCUGCUCAUCCACGGAGUCGCUCCCGUCAUCAGCACUGACCUUUGACCUCUGCCAUGACAUGGGUGUAAAUCGUGGCUGGGAAGAGGCGUUUGUCCUGUUAAUGCUGCUACUGACACUAGCGCUGGGAAGAGAAGACCAUUACUUGUGGAUUGUCUACAAUCCCAAUGGAAGUAGAAGGCUGCAAGUCUUCAACCCACUACUGUCUUGUCGAUUGUCUGUUCUGUUGCUGUUUUUUAUUGUAUAGUAGUUGAUACUGGUAUUGAACAUUGUCAUGUGUGCACUUUUUUUAAAGAAAAAAAAAAAAAAGUUUACAAUUUAAUAAAAUGGAUGUUUUAAUGUGUUCCUGUGUUCCUCUGACCGGCUGAAUACUGCCGUCUCUGGAGUUGCCUGUUCUGCAAUGCCAGGGUUUUCUGAACUGCUCUGGGGCCAGUUCAGCUGCCGUUGAAUCCAAUUGUAGAAAUGGGCGAGGCUGAAAAUCCAAUGGUGUUAGAUAUGGUAUGUAAAGGGUGGGAUGGGAAACCUGAUCUGAGAUUAUGCCCUUGUGCAGUAUUAAAGGUACAAACGUUGUUACAA